UCUCUCUCUCUCUCUCUCUCUCAUCCCGCGUUUAGAGAACCGAAGACUUGAGUGGGACUCCCAUGGCGGUUUUUGGAGGAGUCAACGAGUUCGCUCUCUCAUUCUGAACAAUAUAAGAAACGUGAGUGACCAACUCCUCUGGGAUCGUCUCUGAAAAGCACUCUGCUAUCAUUGCUGCCCAGCUUGUGGGUCUUCUCCUUCAAGUGAUUUGAAGAGCUAUGGAGAAAGCAUUGGGCCCAUGAAUGCCUCCUGUCAUUCGACGACAAAGCGGGAGUUGAGAUGUACAUUAAGGCAAUGUGCCCUUUAGAUACGCUACAAAUCCAUGCUAUACUGUCAAGUGAGAAAAAUCAAAAAAAGAUGAAGUUGUAUCUCGUAGUUCUCGUACUUGCCACUCUUCUUUCAAUUGUUGUAUCUAAUGGUGAAGGGGAUGUGUUGAUUGACAUGAAAAAUAGAUUAAAUGCAGCUAGUAAUCAGCUUCCUGAUUGGAAUCAGAACCAGGUUAACCCUUGCACUUGGAAUUCUGUUAUUUGUGAUGAUAACAACAAAGUCAUUCAAGUAACUCUGCCUAACAUGGGUUUUAAUGGAACCUUGUCACCAAGUAUCGGGCAGUUGGCUUAUCUAACAGCCCUAUCAUUGUCAGGCAAUAAGAUUACUGGUAAAAUUCCUGAAGAAUUUGGAAAUCUUUCCAGUUUGAGAAGCUUAGUCUUAGAAAAUAACCAACUAACUGGACAAAUACCAGAUUCUCUCGGCAAGCUUUCUAAGCUCCAAACUUUGAUUUUAAGCAACAAUAAUCUUAGUGGAAGUAUUCCUAAUUCCCUGUCAAAUAUUUCAAGCUUAAAUGACAUUCGUCUAGCAUUUAAUUACCUAACUGGACAGAUACCUGAUCAACUCUUUCACAUUGCUAGAUACAAUUUUACAGGGAACAAUCUGAAUUGUGGAGGAAACUUCUCUUCACUUUGUGCAUCCAAUGCGGCUGAAACUGGAGGAUCUAGCAGUUCGAAAAUCAAAGUGAUUCUUGGAAGCAUUGGAGGAGCAAUAGCUCUCAUUUUAGCAGUCGCUCUGUUUCUACUUUGCAGGAAGAGGAAAGAAGGUUUUCGACAGGAAGCCUUUGUUGAUGUCACAGGUGAAUAUGACCGGAGAAUAGCAUUUGGGCAAUUGAGAAGAUUUGCAUGGCGUGAACUAGAAAUUGCAACUGACAACUUCAGUGAGAAGAACAUACUAGGUCAGGGUGGUUUUGGAAAAGUAUAUAAAGGAGUACUUCAAGAUGGUAGAAAAAUUGCAGUAAAGCGACUAAUUGAUUAUGAAAGUCCUGGUGGAGAAGCUGCCUUUUUACGUGAAGUGGAGUUGAUUAGCGUAGCUGUCCAUAGAAACCUUUUAAGAUUGAUUGGGUUUUGCACAACACCAACCGAACGGCUUCUAGUAUAUCCUUUCAUGCCAAACUUGAGUGUUGCUUACCGCUUAAGAGAUUUUAAACCCGGAGAGCCAGUAAUAGACUGGAAUACUAGAAAACGAGUGGCCUUAGGCACAGCUCGUGGACUGGAGUACCUUCAUGAGCACUGCAAUCCCAAGAUUAUUCAUCGUGAUGUAAAAGCUGCUAAUGUGUUACUUGAUGAAGAUUUUGAAGCUGUUGUUGGGGACUUCGGUUUAGCCAAACUGGUGGAUGUGAGGAAGACUUCUGUGACAACUCAGGUUCGAGGGACUAUGGGCCACAUAGCUCCUGAAUAUCUGUCCACAGGGAAAUCAUCAGAGAGGACUGAUGUUUUUGGUUAUGGGAUCAUGCUGCUUGAACUUGUCACAGGUCAGCGAGCCAUAGAUUUUUCACGCUUAGAGGGGGAAGAUGAUGUAUUACUCUUGGAUCAUGUCAAAAAAUUGGUGCGAGAAAAGCGUCUUGAAUCCAUUGUCGAUCGUAAUUUGAACAAGAGCUACAAUGUUGAGGAAGUGGAGAAGAUGAUCCAGGUGGCUCUCCUGUGCACCCAGGCAACGCCGGAAGAUCGUCCGUCAAUGUCCGAGGUGGUUCGGAUGCUCGAAGGGGAGGGCUUGUCUGAGAGAUGGGAGGAAUGGCAGCAGGUCGAGGUCAAUAGGAGGCAAGAGUAUGAAAUGCUUCAGAGGAGAUUUGAUUGGGGUGAUGAUUCCAUCAAUAACCAGGAUGCGAUUGAGUUGUCUGGUGGAAGAUGAGUUGCUUGUGUUUUUAGUCGGGAUUCAUGUUGCAGAUUUUGCAUUUGUAAGAUAUUUCAUUAAGUUGGUUUUGUGGAAAAUAAAAAGUGUAAUUCCAUUAUCAACCUGAGACUAUUUGUGGAUUUUAUUUUCUAAGGGCUUUAUAUUUGCCGGGUUUUAAUAUGUAUUUUUU